GACAGAGAGCGAGAGCGAGAAAAGAGAAGGUGAAGCCGAAAGAUGACAGCCUGGAGAAGCACAAGGACAAAGAGAAGAGACGGGAGGAAAAGAUGAAGUCCCAUAGUGCAGACGGCAAACACAAGAGGGAGAAGGAGAAUGGAUUUGCGAGCCCUCCGCGCAUUAAAAUGGAAACAGAGGACAAUGGCUUCCACCACUCCCCCAAGCAUGAGAAGUCAGUGAAGAGGCAGUAUGAUGAUGGAGAGGCGGAAUUUAAACCUAAAAAGGUCAAGGUGGAGGUUGAGAAAAAGGCAAAGAAGAGGAAACAUGAGGACUAUUAUGAAGACGAGGAAGAGGAAGAGGAUGUUAAACCCAAAAAAAAGACGAAAGACAAGAAACAAGAGACAGCUGGUGGGAAAAAGAAGGUGAAGAAAGAGCCGGAGGAGAAAUGGAAAUGGUGGGAGGAGGAGAGAGCCACAGACGGAUCCAAAUGGAGGUUUCUAGAACACAAAGGCCCCGUGUUUGCUCCUCCCUACGAACCUCUUCCCGGACAUGUCAGAUUUUAUUACGACGGGAAGCCUUUCAAGCUGGCCACCGCCGCGGAGGAGGUGGCCACAUUCUUUGCCAAAAUGCUCGAUCAUGAGUACACCACUAAAGACGUUUUCAGGAAGAACUUUUUCAAAGACUGGAAAAAGGAAAUGACGUCGGAGGAGAAGGCAAAGCUCACUGAUCUGAACAAGUGUGACUUCAAUGAGAUGAAUGAGUACUUUAAGGCUCAGUCAGAAGCCAGGAAGCAGAUGACGAAAGACGAGAAACUGAAAAUCAAACUAGAGAACGAGAGGAUCCUAGAGGAGUACGGCUUCUGCGUGAUGGAUAACCACCGCGAGCGCAUCGGCAACUUCCGCAUCGAGCCCCCGGGACUAUUCCGUGGCCGCGGCAACCAUCCCAAAAUGGGGAUGCUGAAGCGCCGCAUCCGUCCACAGGAUGUCAUCAUCAACUGCAGCAAGGACUCCAAACACCCCAAGCCGCCUCACGGCAGUAAGUGGAAGGACGUUCGUUUUGACAACAAGGUGACGUGGCUGGCUUCUUGGACAGAGAACAUCCAGGGCUCCAUCAAAUACAUUAUGCUCAACCCCAGCUCCAGGAUCAAGGGUGAGAAGGACUGGCAGAAGUACGAGACGGCGCGGCGGUUGAAGAGCUGUGUGGAGCGCCUCCGGACCCAGUACCGCGAGGACUGGAAGUCCAAAGAGAUGAGGAUCCGACAGCGGGCCGUGGCUCUCUAUUUCAUCGACAAGCUGGCCCUGAGAGCAGGCAAUGAGAAGGAGGAUGGCGAGACGGCCGACACGGUGGGCUGCUGCUCGCUGCGUGUGGAGCACAUCAAGGUUUACGCCGAGCUGGACGGCCAGGAGUACGUGGUGGAGUUCGACUUCCUGGGGAAGGACUCCAUCCGCUACUACAACAAGAUCCCUGUGGAGAAGAGGGUAUUUAAAAACCUUCAACUUUUUCUGGAGAACAAGCAGCCUGAAGAUGACCUCUUCGACAGGCUCAAUACCUCCAUCCUGAACAAGCACCUGCAGGAGCUGAUGGACGGGCUGACGGCCAAAGUGUUCCGUACCUACAACGCCUCCAUCACCCUCCAGCAGCAGCUGAAGGAGCUCACCUGCGCCGAUGACAACGAUCCAGCUAAGAUCCUUUCCUACAACCGAGCCAACAGAGCUGUUGCUUUACUGUGUAACCACCAGAGGGCGCCACCUAAGACCUUUGAGAAAACCAUGCAAAACCUUCAGACCAAAAUUGAUGAAAAGAAGAAACAGCUCUCAUCUACCAAGAAGGAGUUUAAGGCAGCCAAGGCAGAUGCAAAGUCUCUUCAUGAUGACAAAAGCAGAAAAGCCGUGGAAACCAAGAAGAAGGCUGUGCAGAGGAUAGAGGAGCAGCUGAUGAAGCUGGAGGUGCAGGCCACGGACCGCGAGGAGAACAAGCAGAUCGCCCUCGGCACCUCCAAGCUCAACUACCUGGACCCGCGCAUCUCCGUAGCCUGGUGUAAGAAGUAUAACAUCCCCUUGGAGAAGGUCUACAACAAAACCCAACGUGAGAAGUUUGCUUGGGCCAUCGACAUGGCAGAAGACGACUUUGAAUUUUAAAGCUCUCUCUCUCUCUCUCUCUCUCUCUCUCUCUCUCUGACUGUGUCUUUCCCUCAUUCUUAUCUGUUUUUUAAAACCUCAAGUCCUUGCAUUCAAUCUAAUUGCAGAAAUGUACAUUUUUAGCGUUAAUGAUUUCACCAUGUGUGUGUCUUCACAAGAAAAGAAUGGGUGUGUGUUGGGGGGGGGGGCAUGGGAAAACUGGGAGGGGUCAGUUAGGUAAAGAGCAGAAAAAAACUACAAAGGAUUCACUGAGACCACCCUCUUUACAGUUCAGCGAGGAUCAACAUAACUUUAUUUGCCCCGGAGGGGAAGUAUCUGCCUAAAUGACUGAUUUAGUGAUACCAGGUGACUUGUCUGCUAUCAAGCUUUUAAUGAUGC